AGUGUAUUUCCAAAAAAGAAAAGAACAAAAGGGCCCACAGUGCUUUCUCUAUCUCUCAUCCUCAGCUUAAGUCCCACCACCAUAUCCUCACCUUCUCGUGAAGGACACGAUCCGCUACUCUCGCUUCCUUGAAGAAGUUUCUCUCUCAUAAAAUUCCAUGGAAAUGGAAGACCAAUAUGGUAUAUCAGAUCUACGCCAGUUUAUUAGCCGAGCAACAGUUCCUCAAUUCCCAUAUAAUCCACAACCACCAUCACUUCCUUCUUCAUCUGACUUAUUCUCCGCCCAUCACCACCACCAUCGCGUCCUCUCGCCACCUGCUGCCGCAUCGCAACAACAACAGCAACAGCAGCAGCAGUAUGAGAUGGUAGUGAUGGGGCGUAAUAUGUCGGCUGCUGUUGCGGCCGACAUGCUGCAUCAUAAUACAGCAACAGGAUUUCUUCAUCAUCACAAAGAUCCUCAUCCUUAUUCAGACUCUACUACUACUACUGUUACUGUUACUGCUACUGCUACUGCAACCGCUACUAAUUCUGGUGGAUUCGAAGCGGCCGAUGGAGGGGCCGCAAGGUGGCCUAGACAAGAGACUCUUACUCUUCUUGAAAUCAGAUCUAGACUUGAUCAUAAGUUUAAGGAAGCUAAUCAAAAAGGCCCUCUUUGGGAUGAAGUUGCUAGGAUAAUGUCUGAAGAACAUGGAUAUCAAAGAAGUGGGAAGAAAUGCAGGGAGAAAUUCGAGAACUUAUACAAAUAUUACAAGAAAACAAAGGAAGGAAAAGCAGGAAGACAAGAUGGAAAACACUACAGAUUUUUCAGACAACUUGAAGCACUCUAUGGAGAUCAACAUAAUACACACCAUAUUCAUCAUCCUACAACUUCAGAUAACACCCACCACAUUGCUGGAAAUGUCCCUCACUUUCACAACAAUCAAAAUAUCAUCCCAUCAAAUUUAGGGAACACUGAUAACCACCCUAUACUCCGGCCUACAAGUGUAAGCCUCUCGAACUCAUCGGAGUAUGAAACCUCAUCAUCAGACAACGAUGUUGGUGGCUCAAUCGAGAGCGAGGAGUGGAAGAAGAAGAAGAAGAAAGGGAAGCGAAGUUGGAAGGCGAAAGUAAAGGAGUUCAUAGACUAUCAAAUGAGGAAGAUAAUGGAUAAACAAGAAGCUUGGCUUGAGAAGAUGAUGAAGACAUUGGAUAGUAGAGAAAGAGAAAGGAUGGAAAGAGAGGAAGAAUGGAGGAAACAAGAAGGUGAAAGGAUAGAAAGAGAACAUAAGUUUUGGGCUAGUGAACGAGCUUGGAUUGAGGCUCGUGAUUCAGCCUUGAUGACGGCCUUAGAGAAGAUGACUAACAGUAGGGACAAAGAGGCAAGCAUUGUUGUUGGUCGUGAUCGAGAUCGUGAUCAUUAUCAUGGUCGUGUAGGGAUCAUUGCUAAUGAUCAAUGGCUCGAAACCGAGGUCACAAGGCUAAUACAACUAAGGACUAGCAUGGAAUCAAGAUUUCAACAAUGUGGGUUUUCAGAGGAAGUAUUAUGGGAAGAUAUUGCAGCAAAAAUGGCUUAUUUGGGGUAUGAUAGGAGUGCAAUUGUGUGCAAAGAAAAAUGGGAUAGUAUUAACAACAUUAUUAAGGAUGAAGGUAACAAGAAGAGAAAGGAGAAUUAUGGAGAGGUUAGUAAUCAUCAUAAUUUUCAUAAUCAUAAUCAUAAUCAUAAUGAAGGUGGUGGAUUAUAUAUUAAUCAAAUGGGAGGUCAUACUCAUACUCAUGGUUUUAGUAAUAAUUGUGAGAUUAAUGAACCAAGGCUCCAACUAAACGAGGAAUCAUCAUCGCCAUCUUCUCAUAAUUCAAAUGCUAAUGUUAAUGUUAAUGUUAAUGUUAGUGUUAAUGGUAGUGUUGCUGGUGGUGGAAGUUCAAGUGUGAUCAAUGAUAACUGCUUAAGGUUUUUUCUCGGCGGCGGCGACGCCGAGCAGACCGGCCUAAGUUGGGAUACUAAUUAUGGGAUGAAGCUCAACAAGGGUGGAGAUUAGCUUAGCUAGUGUGCUUAAUUUUAUGUUAAUUGAGUGAUUAGUUUGGAAGUUUUUUUUUUUUUUUUUUUUGAAAUUUUCUAAUUUGAUUUGUAGGGAGGUUGAGAGUGGUAGCUAGAGAAGACAUGGGGAUUUGGGCCAGCUAGUUGAGUGGCAAGCUAAGUUCUAUUGAAAGGAGGACAACAUCAUAUCAUCAGUACGUUUUGGGUAUGCAAGUAAUUAGUCUAACUUUUAUCAUUAAUUAGUGUAAAUUAUUUGAAUAUUAGUUGUUUAUUUUAUAAUGUGUUUAAUGAUUAUUUUGAAGUCAUCAUUUUUAGUAGGAAAUUAUUGGUUUUUUUUA